AACAAGGGUAAAAGAAGUCCCAUCAAAGAGGUGUAAUGUAACACAAAACAGUUAAAAGAGUUCAUGACUUUGUUCAACCGGAUAACAAUCCUUAAUGUGACUAUAACCUGUGUAAAAUUCAAUCUGUGAUCUACUUGUCGAGCCUGGGGAAUAAUCCAUGUGAUUUAGUGAUCAUGAUUGAUUCGUUAUGUCUGCCGUUGCCGGAAGGGGGAGCUCUGGCCACGAUGCCUCAUUCGCAAUGAAGCUGCUGAAAGAGAAGCAUCGUGUCUGAGCGUUGUCAUUGACUUAUCCCCUUUUCAGCCCCUUUUCAGGGUGUAACAUUUUGGAGGCACCGCUGGGAUGAAUGUGAUGAGGGCCCGCUGUCCCAGAUAGACGCCCCAGUCAUCAUUCAACCCCUCACAUCAAAUACCACGGUGGGAGAUACAGUGUGCUGGUUUCGACAGUUAUGCAGAGGGACUUGCAUGCAACCUGAGGUUAACUGCUGGUGCCAGGGAAGCUGCACUGAGUCUUCUGCAAAGAGGUCUUACAUCACACUGAUCUUUUCCACAAACCAUAGACUGAAAUGGAGUCUUCAGGGCUAGAGGACCUGAAGUUAGAAGUUGCUGGUACAUUGUAUACAGUGACAAGAGACAUUUUGAUCGAAGUUUGUGAUUUCCUAAAUAUUGCUGGUUCAAAACUUGAAAAGGUAUCGGGUAAAAGUCGUACCUUUCUCAUUUCCUAUAUAAUACAGCACUUAGAAAGAGAGGAGCUGGGUGAGCUUGAAGAUGAGGGUAUGUCAGAGCUACUGAUUUUGAAAGAUAAAAUUUUUGAGUUGCAACAGGCUGCUCAGAAUGGUACAUCGGGACACAAAACCCCAGAUGCUAACCAGACAGAUGAGGUGCAGGAACAGGUUGGUGAGGCCUCAGAAGAAGAACAGUUGAUAAAGGAAAUAGAGACGCUUCAGUUGGCUCUUGCAUUAUCACGACAGAACAAGGCAAAGCAACCUAGUCCAGCCAAACUGUCGAGGAGUGUGGGGGACAAUAAUGCUAAACAAACCACUCCACCUUUUCUGACAUUACCGUGGGGCAGAGAAUUCAAAAUAUCAGGUCAGAUUGGUGAGCCCGGCCAAAAGGAUAAACUAACUUUCUCCAGCCUAGCUCACCAGAUUGAACAAGGCAUCAGCAAAGGAGUCCCUGAAAUAGAAAUAGUUGAUGCAGUAAUCAGGGCAAUAGCACCAGGCUUACAAUUGCGCAGCUACCUGGAGGGCAAAACUAACCUUACGUUGCCUACUCUGAGGAGGAUUCUAAGGUCCCACUACCAAGAACGAGGUGCAACAGAACUUUACAAACAACUCACGUCAGAAGUCCAAAGCAUUAAAGAAACCCCACAAACUUUCUUAAUCCGUGCCCUAGAUUUAAGACAGAAAAUUCUGUUUGCAUCGCAAGAAGCUGAAUCUGGCUUAAGAUAUGAUCCUGUGCUUGUACAGAGCAUGUUCCUUCAUACAGUUCUGACAGGCCUGCAAAAUGAUAACAUUAAAAGUGACCUCCAGCCCUACCUACAGGAAACCACAACCAGUGAUGAGCUCCUCCUUGAGAAACUCAAUGUUGCCUGUGCAAAUGAAGCAGAGAGACAAAAUAAAAAGAAGUUACUCUCCCAGCAGCGGCCAACCACUGUGCAUUCACUUCUGUCUGACACCCCUGCAGAUAAAAAAGGGAAAAACCUGAAACCAGAAUCCAUCAGCAAAGCUCAGCCUGACCUACUAAAUGAACUUAAAGAAAUCCGUUCUGAUAUGGCAUUAUUGAAAAAUCUUGGUGCUGAAGUUGCACAAAUCAAAGAAAUAAUUCAACAGCCUAGUCCGGCACAAACACAGUAUUCUGCCUCACUUGCAGCACCAGAAUAUGUUCCCUCUUCUCAUCUCGAGCAUCUGCCACACAACUACUGGCUUCCUGUGGGACCUGGACGGAGAGGUGAUACAGCUCAGUAUCAACAGGGGUUCGCACCACAACGUCAGUAUCCUGCUGUAAACCGAGCACGCCUAAGGAAGUGCUUUGGCUGCCAGCAAAGUGGGACUGAGUACUGCAACCAUUGCUAUCGAUGUGGUAGCAGUGAACACUUCCUCGCAGGUUGCAGGGCGAAACUAACUAGACCAGACAAAGAUCAACCUUUAAACGGACGGUGGUUGCCCCCACGGGACAGGGAGUAACCAACAAUAGUGUAACGUCCCAACAGCUUUGCUCUUACUGUCGUGUUCCGGGGAAACUCAAAAGACUCAGAAGGUGUGCAGCUUGUAAAAAAAGCACUUAUUGUUCUAAGAUGUGCCAAGCCGAGCACUGGCCCAGACACAGAAGACAAUGCAACAAACACUCUCAGCCUCAGGUAAAUCAGCACACGCACCCAAAGGCAAGUGUUAUUCACCCCAAAAGGGUGGACAGCCAGUCCCAUCUUGUUGCUCUU